CAUAACUGGAACAUUUACAAUGAAAUGGCAUUUAGAGGGUUAUGGAAUGGACUGGACAUAAUCGCUUCCCUACGGGAACUGCAAGCGAGACUUUUGGCAUUUGUGUAGAAUCCACGAUCCGAUCCGCUUCUCCUCACCACAACUUCCAUCAUGAGCAGUCUAGGACACGCAGAACUACGCUCCAUCCUUACAUUCACCGUCAAUCUUGCACGUACAGCAGGAACUCUCAUUCUCGAAGGCUCCCAGGCCAUCCAGUCUGCACCAGAUGUUAAUCAAAAGAAGAAUUCAGUCGAUCUAGUCACUGAAUACGACGUUGCGGUCGAAAAUCUUGUCAUGAGCGAGAUCAGGAAGGCCUAUCCCACCUUUAAGUUUAUCGGCGAAGAGUCAUAUUCCUCUGGAACGCGGCCGGAGUUGACGGAUGAGCCGACGUUUUGCGUCGAUCCGAUAGACGGAACCACAAACUUCGUCCAUGGUGUUCCCCUUGCUUGCAUAUCACUGGGCCUCAUUUACCAGAAGCGACCGGUUUUAGGGGUCAUCUAUAACCCCUUCCUCCAGCACUUGUACACUGGUGUUGAGGGACAAGGUUCCUUCCUUACCUGCGGCACCGGGUCGCCCAUGAAGCUGCCCCUUGCCAACCCCAAAGCUUUACCGUCGCUUUCGAAGGCACUUAUAGCCGUCGAGUGGGGAGCUGAUCGCGGCGUGCCGAUAAUUACUGCCAAGUCCAACUCUUUCCUUCGCCUCGCCAGCGACCCUAAUGACGGCGUUCCUGGCGGACGAAUGUGCCAUUCAAUUCGUUCGUUGGGAAGCGGUGCGCUGAACAUUGCAACAGUCGCACAAGGAAGUUUCGACAUGUUUUGGGAAAUCGGAUGCUGGCCCUGGGAUGUCUGUGCGGGCAUUGUCAUUGCACAAGAAGCUGGCGGUGUUGUGACCGGCUCACACGCCGCGUUGGCGUCAGCUGUUGCUGAUCCUUCCGUAGACCCUUUCAAAGUGACUCCGGAGGUCCUGACGGGGCGCAAGUACCUGAUCAUCAGGAAGAUUCCUGAUACUCCCCAGGAGACAGGUAGGGAAGCUCAGCUUCGGAUCGCGAAGGAAUUCUACGAGACCGUCGAGGAUUGUGACCCGAAGUAAGAAAAGGUGCAUAGGGAACAGACGGGUAGAAUGCAAAACAGUGUACGACGGACACCCGAUAUAUUCGCUCGAACGUAUCCACAACGGUAGAUGAUGCGGCGUCGAUCUCAGUCAAAUGAUAUCUAGAACUUGUAAAUACGAUAUGAAGGAAGCGAGAAAACAACGUAA